AUAAACAAACCCAGUAAAAAUGGGCACAAAAGAAAAAGCUCCGUCUCUCUCCGCCUCUGUCUGUCUCUUAGCUGUGCUUGCUUGCUCUUGCCUCCUGCUGGCUGCUAUCUCCCUUCUCAGCCGCCAACAGCCGCACCAAAGCCUGUGAGCUCUCCAUACUCCAUUUUUUUGAAACAGGUAAAAGAUCCAUCUACUACACGCGUCUCUCAGCUGACAACUUUAAUUGCGAGAAGACUUCACCCAAAAGUCCAGCCGCAUUAGAUCUGGAAGGAAAAAGCUCCACGAUUAAUUUUUUCUUUGGCACGAAAGGUUGGACGUUUCGUGACGAUGUUUGAGGGAGACAUUCUGCCCAACUCUCUCCGUGGGACUGCGAAAUUUAUAAUUUAAUGUACGGCUUCUUAAAGAUGCCUUCCUUCCAAUAAAAGAAGGAAGUUUCUUCCAUACUCUCCCACACACACACUCUCUAUUUAUAAAGAGAGAUAGAAACAGUUCAAUUGGAGCGACCUAAAAUGUUCGACAGGUGAAUUUGGGGACCUGCUCGUACAUUGCGCUGGAGUAGUUACACGCUUCUGUCGAUUCACAAUCAUAACCAAAAAAGCUCGCUCAAAGCAAGAUGAUUGAUCAGUUCAUCAAUUUUGUUAUUCGACCGCCAAGGGCUGAUUAUAACCCAGAGCAGUAUCUUUGGGAAAAGGAGUUUACUCUUGCAGGCAGGCAAUUCAAAAGACAAGAUUUGGAGCUUACAAAUGCAAGGGGCCAUAAGUUGCGUUGCAGUCAUUAUUUGCCUUCACCAUUCCCUGAAGAAACUCCACUCCCUUGUGUUAUAUACUGCCAUGGAAAUAGUGGAUGUAGGGCUGAUGCCAAUGAAGCUGCUGUAAUUCUUCUUCCAUCAAAUAUUACGGUAUUCACACUUGAUUUCUCGGGGUCAGGCUUAUCUGAUGGUGAUUAUGUUAGCCUUGGUUGGCAUGAGAGAGACGAUCUCAAGAUUGUGGUAUCAUAUUUGAGAAGUGAAAGACAAAUAUCACGUAUAGGUCUCUGGGGACGAUCAAUGGGUGCUGUCACCAGCCUUCUUUAUGGAGCAGAAGAUCCUUCAAUAGCAGGAAUGGUGUUAGACAGUGCCUUCUCAAACUUAUUUGAUCUUAUGAUGGAACUGGUUGAUGUGUAUAAAAUCCGGCUUCCUAAAUUCACGGUUAAGAUGGCUGUGCAGUACAUGAGACGUGUAAUUCAGAAGAAGGCGAAGUUUGACAUUAUGGAUCUAAACUGUCUGAAGGUAGCACCUAAAACAUUCAUUCCAGCUUUAUUUGGACAUGCCAGUGAGGACAAAUUUAUUCAACCUCAUCACUCUGACCUCAUAUUUAAAUCAUAUGCGGGAGAUAAAAACGUUAUAAAAUUUGAUGGUGAUCACAACUCCUCCAGGCCACAGUUUUAUUAUGAUUCAGUCUCCAUUUUCUUCUUCAAUGUGCUUCGUCCUCCUCAAAUUUCUUCUGCUUGUUCAAGUAAGCUUGAGAAAUACUAUGAUCUUGGUGAUUUGAAAGUCGGUGCUGGCAUGGAUGAGAGCCUGUUGUAUGAAAUAAUCACUGGCAUUGAAACUGAAUCAACCAAUGUUCCAAGUUCAUCUUCUGCUGCACCUAGAGUUUUGAUGACUAAGCCAGUUAGUGAACUCGUCUCAGAAGUUGCACCACUUGCUAGAUUGGAUCCCAUGCUUACUAGAAAUAUUAGACCUGACAGUGAUGAGCAAUCAAAUUCACAGGAUAAGCCUAAUGGUCAAAGUGAUGAAUGUUGCUCAUAUACAAGCUCAAACAGGGAAAGUUGGGGAAGGUGCUCUUCACUGGGGGGCAGUGAUGAAGAAUCUUCAGCAGACUGUACGGCUGCUAAUAACGGAAAUCAGGUGACUCUUGAUGUGCUUGCAACACCUCUGAAAAGCACGCAGCAAAAAUCAAGUGGUCCACCCAAAGAGGAAAAAAAGAAGCAGAAGAAACAGAAGAAGAGAGAUUCAACAACCCCAAAGCCGAAACAUGAGAAAUUAGAAAAGCUAGAAGCCCUUAGUAAGCGGCUACGCCUUUGCAUCCUAAAACGGGUAAGUCACCGGAGGCAGGGUUCCACGUGAGUGACCCCAGGAAACAUUAAGCUGUUUUUUUUUCUUGUUUCUAGUAUUUUCAGUAUGAAGUGGUCCAAGUCAUUUUAAACUCAAAGCAUAAUUAUGCGGAUUUCCGAGCUUUACUUUGAUAAUGUAAAUGCAGUAUCCACGUAUUUAAAUUGAACAGAACAUUUCUCCAA